AUGAUAGAGUUGAGUAGGCCUGUUGCGAAGCUCGGGCUGAACCCGUUUAGCCUCCACUGCGACGCUGCCGGUGGUGUGUCGGUGGACGAUAUAGUUGUUAUGCUGCGGUGGAUCGAGGAGAGCAAUUUUGGCGAAGUUUCUAGCGAACGUGUUGCACAAUUGCGUGAACAUGUCGAGUCACAAUCGAGUGAGGAUAAAGCCGAAGUAUUGGCGAAGAAUAAUGUGAUGGCGUCGGAAGACGGGUAUGUGAGCAAAGACACGAGCUUGCAAGUGAUGCAGAAACUAGGGAUAUUAGAAGAGUUUCAACAGGAUUUAGAUAGUUUCGGCAAAGACCACACAAUUGAAGAUAACCACGAAACACAACAGAAGCAAGAGGAUAUUGAGUCAAGUAGCCAUGAUACUGAAAGAAGUAUCAAUGUAACGUCUGAUUUAAAACAAGAAGAUACUGAACAGUUAGCUGACGCCAAGGUCGAUGGCCAUGUUGAAAAUGGUGCGGACGCUGAUGUCACGAUUAAUGAAGAAGGAAAUGAUGAUACUAUGAAGGUCGACCAAGAUAUGACAGAUUCGUCAGUGAAAAAACGUGGCAAUGGAUUGAGUAACAUGGACCUCGAUUUUGAUUCACAAAGAGAAUUGGGGUCUCCAUUGAAAAAAAUGAAGCUGAAACCUACCUCGACAUCUCAAAACUCUUCUUUGGAUACCUUACAUGAGGAUGAUACUGAAGAGAUUAAAAAUUUGGCGGACCAACCGAUCGUGAUAACUACACAUGAUCUUGAAAAGGUCAAUGAUACACCGAUAACUUUGCGCACCGCUGACCACCCAUCAGAUGCAGUCGAUAACGAUCAAAAACUGAAACUAGAAACGUUUUUACAAAGGUUGUUAUUCCCAGAGGCACAUGAGUCACCAUCAAAACUUGGUUCAAAAAAUGGCAAUACUAACCCUUCUCAUACUUUUGAAAAUGCAUUAUAUGAAGUCGAUUUAAGUAUGCCUCAGGUACCACUGAACCUGAACAUUCCUGCAGAUGAGCAUGGCAAUACACCUUUGCAUUGGUUAACCUCUAUUGCAAAUAUCGAUUUGGUGAAAGAAUUGGUCAAGCAUGGUGCAAGUAGAUUGCUCGGCGAUAAUGCCGGUGAAUCAGCAUUAGUGAAAGCUGUGAAAUCAGUAAAUAAUUAUGAUGCCGGAACUUUUGAAGAGUUACUGGAUUACCUAUACCCAUGUUUGAUACUUAAAGACUCCAUGAAUAGAACCAUUUUACACCACAUCGUUAUAACCUCAGGUAUGUCACGUUGCGCUAUUGCGGCAAAAUAUUACCUUGAUAUACUGAUGGGAUGGGUUGUUAAGAAGCAAACUAGAAAACUCGAUGGCACACCCGAUUCUAUAUUCCAGUCCAUUGACUUGAAAUGGUUUAUUAAUAAUCUAUUAAAUGCACAAGAUUCGAAUGGUGACACAUGCUUGAAUAUUGCUGCAAGACUGGGUAAUGUAUCUAUAAUUGAUGCCUUACUAGACUACGGGGCUGACCCUGUUAUUUCUAACAAGUCUGGAUUGAGACCAGUAGACUUUGGAGCAGGAACUUCAAAACUAAGAGGUCAAAAGGGAGAAAUGAGCCAACCUAAGAUAAUGUCACCAGCAGCUGGUAAUAAACAGGUAACAGAAUUAAGUUCUGUAGACACAGGAAAUCUGAUACGAGAAUUAGAAACCUUGUUGAACAAAGUUAAAACCAACUAUGAGGAUGAAGUGUAUCAAUACAAAAAUAAGCUAGAAAAACUUCAUUCGCAGUUAAACUCACAGAGGGAGCUUCUGGCCACUUCUAGAGACAGACUGGCCCAUACAAAGCAAUUAAGGGAUGACUAUGCUCUACUGAAAGAACAAUUGAUGAAUAUAAAACAAGGAAUUGCUGAAGAAGAAGAAAACUUCAGGAAAGAAAGCGAGUUUCUUGGGUUUUCAUCAGAGGAGGCAUCUAAGAUUGAUUGGAAUUCUAGUGAAUUUGACGCGGAUGAACCUUUCAGAAUUGAUAUAAUAUAUGAUUUGGUGGAACACAAACUAAAUAGCACUUAUAAAGGAAACCUGGAGGAAUUAUUAAGCCAAGAGUCUGUUGAAAGUAUCAAAAAGUCAUUAAUUGCUAAUGCAGGAAGUGAGGAUAAGUUGAAGGAACAGUUGGCAUCAAGCCUACCCCCAGCGCCUCUAUUGAAAGCGAGACUUGAGGCAUAUCGUAAAAACGAUGACCACCUCCAAGACGUUUUAGUUGGCAUAAAGGAGAAAAGAACUGAUUUGGAAAACAAGUUUAGAAGGGUGUUAUCACUUUGCUUGAAGAUAGAAGAAGGAAAGGUUGACGAUAUGUUGGAUGGCCUAUUACAAGCAAUCUCAUCUGAGGACCCUCAAGAAAUUGACACGGAAGAGAUGCAAGAUUUCUUGAAGAAACAUAGUGAUUGA